CACCCUCCUCCUCCUCCUCCUCCUCCACCCUCAGGCAGGAGAAGCCCGUGUUUGGUUCUCGGAGAGUCAGUCCUUUGGGAAGGAGUCACGAAGCGUUUUCCUCAGAGAGGCAGAGAGGGAGCGAGAGAGUGAGAGAGAGAGAGGAGUGUGCAGUGUGGAGAGCUCGGGACUCACCCGCAGGACGCAGCGCUGCUCUGGACCUCAGCACACGUCCCCCGGACCACAGGAGGACGAGAGGAGAACGCAAACGAGUCCAGAAGUGUCAGCACAUAAUGAUGACAUCUCAUCUGAGCGCCACUUGAUUUCUCCGCUGUUUUUUGGUUCCAGUUCCUCCAAAGUGCGGCUCUCCGCGCGCAAGCCGGAGUGACUUUUUUUUUUUACGCACCUUUCCACGCCGCGUCCAUCUGGUGAUUUACACACGUGUUUUUAAGUGACUGGUUCAUUGGAUCCUACCAUUCGGAUGUGACCCCGCUCUCACGUUUUAACCGCGACUUCCUCCUUAUGCAGGACUAAAGGAAUAAAGAGUUGGUUUUGUGGCGAAGCAGCAGCAGAAGGAGCAGAGCGCGCACCUUUGCAAAGCCCCGCUUGAGUCAGGAGGACAAGUGCACAGCGCAGCGGGAGACACGGACUAAAACCGGCACCAACACUGAGCUUCGGAGGUUUGCUCAUGUUCGGGAUCCAGGAGAGCAUCCAGCGAAGCGGCAGCAGCCUGAAGGAGGAGCCGCUGGGAGGCAUGAACGUCCGGGGAUGGAUGCAGGGGGGCGGCGUGCUGGACGCCAACACAGCCGCCCAAAGUGGAGUGGGUCUGGCCCGGGCUCACUUUGAGAAGCAGCCGCCCUCCAACCUGCGGAAGUCCAACUUCUUCCACUUCGUCCUGGCGCUGUAUGACCGUCAGGGUCAGCCUGUGGAGAUCGAGAGGACCAACUUCGUGGACUUCAUCGAGAAGGAGAAGGAGAUGAGCGGAGAGAAAACCAAUAACGGGAUUCAUUACCGGCUGCAGCUGCUUUACAGUAACGGCAUCAGAACAGAGCAGGACUUAUAUGUUCGACUCAUCGACUCCAUGACUAAACAGCCAAUUGUUUAUGAAGGCCAAGACAAGAACCCAGAGAUGUGCAGAGUGCUGCUGACACAUGAGAUCAUGUGCAGUCGGUGCUGUGACAAGAAGAGCUGUGGAAACCGUAAUGAGACACCCUCAGACCCUGUUAUCAUUGACAGAUUCUUCCUCAAGUUUUUCCUGAAGUGCAACCAGAACUGUUUAAAGAAUGCAGGGAACCCACGGGACAUGAGGAGGUUCCAGGUGGUGGUCUCGACUACGGUGAGCGUGGAGGGACAUGUCCUGUCAGUGUCCGACAACAUGUUUGUCCACAACAACUCCAAACAUGGCCGACGGGCCCGCAGGCUCGACCCCGUGGAAGGAACGCCGUCUUACCUAGAACACGGAGCAGCUCCAUGUAUCAAAGCCAUCAGUCCUAGUGAGGGGUGGACUACAGGGGGCGCUACAGUCAUCAUCAUCGGCGACAACUUCUUUGACGGUCUCCAAGUCAUUUUCGGUACCAUGCUGGUUUGGAGCGAGUUAAUCACGCCGCACGCCAUCCGGGUGCAGACGCCCCCCAGACACAUUCCUGGUGUCGUGGAGGUCACUCUGUCUUACAAGUCUAAACAGUUCUGCAAGGGCACACCAGGAAGGUUCAUAUACACAGCACUGAAUGAGCCGACCAUUGACUACGGUUUCCAGAGGCUUCAGAAAGUCAUCCCUCGACACCCGGGAGACCCAGAGAGGCUGCCAAAGGAGGUUAUUUUGAAGAGAGCAGCCGACCUGGUAGAAGCCCUUUAUGGUUUGCCCCAUAAUAACCAGGAGAUCAUCCUGAAGCGCGCGGCGGACAUUGCCGAGGCUCUUUACAGCGUUCCGAGAGGACACACCCAGCUUUCCGGCUCCACCCACGGUGGCAUGAUGGGAGUCAACUCGUUCACCGGGCAGCUUUCAGUCAAUGUCUCCGAAACCUCACAGGCCAAUCAGGGUUUCGUGCGCAGCAGCAGUAGCGUGUCCCCUCACGGUUAUGUGCCUAGCUCCACGCCUCAGCAGACCAGUUACACCUCAGUCACCAGCACCAUGAACGGCUACGCUAACAACGCAGGCAUGACCAACCUGGGAGGCUCGCCCACGUUCCUCAACGGCUCCGCCGCCAACUCGCCUUAUGCCAUUGUCCCGUCCAGUCCCACUAUGGCCUCCUCCACCUCCCUCCCGUCCAAUUGCUCCUCCUCCUCUGGAGUCUUCUCCUUCUCUCCGGCCAACAUGGUGUCGGCGGCCGUUAAGCAGAAGUCCGCCUUCGCUCCGGUGGUCAGGCCCUCCUCCUCCCCUCCGCCCUCCUGCACCAGCGCCAACGGGAACGGACUCCAAGAUCAGACAUUUGUGGACUCUAGCAAGUACUCAACAGCCAGCUCUCUACAAGGCCUGGCAUUCACCUGAACAAUCCCUGGAAUGAUUGUCCCACCCAUGUAAAGGUGUGAGUACAUGACUGUGCGUGUGUGUGCGUGUGUGUGCGUGUGUGUGUAAGUGUGUGCAACUGCGUGAGACAUGAACCAAGCACACUCGCACCGUGGACGUCGGUGGGAGUCAGACUCCGAUCGGGGAUGGACACAGCUGUCCCUAUCUGAAGGAACAAACUCAACUCAGGCCCUUUCUAACACAAAAACAAACAAACAAAAAAAAAAAAACAACUGCAAGAAAAACAAAUGUUUGCGAGGAAAUACGUUGUUUAGACUUUGUACACCUUGAUGCUUUUAUAGGAGAAUGGCCACGCCUAUAACACAACUCUCCACGGACACUGGAAGUGUAUUUAUUUUGGACAGAAUCCACUUCCUCCCUUGAGUGAUUGUCAAUUUGUUUUUUUUUGUAGUUUUUUUGUUCCUUUUUUGUGCAGCAGUUAUCGUGUGAUAAUCAUCUUCUAAGUGUAUAUCCUACAUGAGGGAUUCUUUUUUUUCUAUUUAUGAAGUGUGGUCGUCAAUGAAGGGAAUAUAAUGUGAAGAAAACCUGGUGAUGAUGAUGAUGACGCUGAAGAGGCCGCAGGAAUCACGCGGGCUCAAAGACGAGCCAAACCACACGCACACUCUCACUUCCUUCUUGCCGAGUCCGUCCUCGGCAGCGCAGACACUCAGUACGUUUCCAUGCUGCGCUAAACCGAGCUACACUUGUAACUUCACCGUCUAAUUGGACGACUGUCCUUGUCCCUGUGUGAACACACUCGCGGAGAAUUGAUUUAUUGAAUGAAAUGUGUCCGACUCCACUACGCUGGGUGGCGAUAUGCACCUUCCCGGCUUGUUAGUGUAAGCUGAAGCUGAUGUCAAGCACCGCCCUCGCCAUCCGUGACCUUUAAUAUUCAAUAAACCUGGUCUCCUCUUCAGUCCAGACGAUGGACUGGCCCGGAUCUUGCCAUGUUUUUCUCACUCAGUAUGUUUCCAUCCUCGAAACGGGAAUCAGUUUACUGAAUGAAGGCUGUCCACCAGGGGUCACCCUUUAAAAGCUGAUAGAGCAUAACAUCGGUCUUCGUUUAAAAAUCCAGUGUCCUGAAUUUAGCCAUGUUUUUGGUCACUCUGGUCGUCUGUGUACCCACUUUGUUUGUUGUUUCUAACCUCUGGUAUGAGCAGGUAGUUGUGCCAAGGCGAGCUAUAGUCCGACUGAAUGUAUACACGCUAGCUCGUUAUCUGACUGUGUCAAUGAAGUACAGUUAUUUAAGGCCCAUUUAUACUCCAUUUUAAGUCCGUCCAUCUAAAACGUUAUCUCCGUCUAUACCCUGCAUACCUUUGUGCAUCUUUUGCGUUGGUAUGGACAUUUACACAAUACUUCCUCUAGAGGGCAGUGUCGAGUUCCAAGUUGCAGGCAUCAACAAAGGGGUUAUUGUCACUCUCUGUUUUCUGGCUGCAUGUGUUACAGUUGUUUCACUGCACCUUUAGGUGGCUUCUUCAUCCAUUUCCCUGGCUGAUUAGACUAUUGACUGUCCCCACGAUGGGCCUAAAGUCCAGUUUUAGUCAGACUAACACAAUAAUGAGUUUUCUUUGAUGUCAUGUAAACUUAGAGACUGUUGCCGUCUUCUGUGUAUCGGCUUCUCCUUGUGUUGGAUCCAGAUCCUGCACCUAGUGCAGUUUGGGUCCUAUAUAAUGUACACAUUCAGUAACAGUUCAACUCCCAGUCACAUUAUCUAGGUGUGUUAGUCGGACUUAAAAAAAAAAAAAGAAAAGAAGGGAAAUUAGUUUUUUAAAAGUUGAGUUUUAGUCCCACAAUAAUUGUCAUGUAAACGUACUGACUGAAAGUUCUUCCUCUGCGCUCUGAGUGGAUUAUAGAAUGGAUCAGGUGCUUCCUGUCGGCGACUGACGCUGCAGUUGCUUUGUUUACUUUCACACCGUCGCUCCUGCGCCCCAACACUUACGGAAAAGUGCGAAAUUCAGUCACUCGUGAAACCAAGGAGAGUCCAGGACAGAUCUGAUGUCGACUAACUGUGACAGAAAAGGCCAUAGGUUAAUGAAGCUCCUCCCCCCACUGGACGCCAACAGCAGCUUCAGGAUUUGACCCAGCAACUCUGCCAACACGUCUGUUACCAUGUAAUCUGAUUAAACGUUGGACAUUGCCACAGCACAUUUGUCUAAAAAAACAAAACAAAGUAGAUAAUGUCUUAAAGACUGCUGCCAUUUUGACCUUGAUUUUGUUGUGAGAUGAUCUAUUUUACACUUUUUUUAAAAAAGCAUAACUUCCACUUUUAGCUUGCAGUGCUUUUUAUUUGUGUGUGUGUGUGUGUGAUUAGCCAGCCAAUUAAACAAUUUAAGUGUGAAAACUAGCCAAUGGUGGGUGUUAAAUUCUGUGCUGCAAGAAAUGUCAAUGAAUGCAAUCGUGAAAUGAGGGAAAUAUCUUGAACCAUUUUUAUUUUUGCAGUGCAGCUGCAUUUGCAUCACAUUUCUGCAAAGCUUUACUUAUUUCCAGCUCCAAAAUAUGAUGUUUUUUUUUGCAGCGCAGAGCAACUUGGCAGCAGCAUGUCUUAAAUCUGCAGUGAAAGGGAAACUCCCUGAUGGUUUGUUGUGAACGUCACUGCUCCCUCACACCUGCAGUUUGUGUGAUUCACGAGUCUUAAUUCAUUCAGUCCAUGUUUUGUUUUGUUUUUAUUUGAUUUUGCUCAUGUCAUGAUUUUGGGAUGUUUAAAAGUCUUAAGCCACAGUUUCACAGCUGCUCGUCUUAUCAGAGGCAGUGGGCCAAUAAUGUCGGUGCAGUAAAAGCAUAUGACACAAAUAGAGACUCUAUGAAAGUAAUCUUGGACGUGUGUGUGCCGGACAGAAGACCUAACUAGACUUAACUAAUGUUUGAAUGUUAUUGAAUUGAAGAGAAAUGAAUGUGAACAAAACCAGAAAUAACCCUGAGAAACUCACGUCUUCAGAUUAUGUUCUCAUCUGCUUUUGUCUCUCAUGUCUAAGGAUGUGAAUGUCAUUUGUUUUUGUAAUAUAGUGUCUGUAUUUUUUUUGUGUUUUUUUUUUUAAAGCCAUACUUCCACUGCUUAUUUCAAUCAAACUGAAAGAAGCCAUUGUGUAAUUGUUUUUAAAUUAAGAUUUUGUUUCCAUUAUUAUGUCAUUUUGUAUUGUUACUGCCAUCAUCACGUUGCGUUAUCUACACGUAGAGUUAAUGAAUUUGUCGAUAUAAUGAUCUGUGUUUGGAUUGUAAGAUGGAACGCUGAAGGCUGAAGAUCCGGUCAGGUUUUCUGUCCUCGCUCUGCUCCCGUCCUCUCCUCAUGUCCCUCCCACAUCUUGUUUUUGCUUGUGCUAUUAAUACUCUGUAUGUUUUCCUUUUCUUCCCUUUAAAAAGAAAAAGAAAAAGCAAUGAGCCACCUAUUUAUUUGAUCUCAAACAUGGGUCUGAAGACCACUCUUGUGUUAGUGACUACAUGUGAGCGCGUGUGUCCGACUGUGACUGUCGUCAUCCUUUUUCCUUUAAAAGAAAAACGUGAUGUUUAAAAGUUGAGGAAUGUGUUUUGUUUUUGUUCUUCUUUAAUAGUACAUAGUUUUAAUGCCUGUACAGGAAGGAAGUGAAUGUAGGAUUUGGUAUAAUGAAGUAUAAUGAAGCACUUGACCAACAGCAGUGAAAGCAUUUAUCGUGGCUUGUCUGAAAUCAGGCUUUUAAAAGUGAUGGUCGUCAUUUACACACACAUUAUCAGAAGUAUCGAUGUGGAAGGGAAGAGUACAGAGGAAACUACUGUAAAGAUGAUAUUGUUAAUUUUUUAUGAUUAUGAUUAUUAUUAAUAUUAUUAUUAUUAUUAUUAUUAUUAAUUUGAACUUUGAAGUGUAAAGUAACUUUUUGACUCUUCACUAUAUUUAAUUAAAGUUCUUUCUUCUCUGUG